AUUGCGCUCCCAUGUCGUGUCUAAUUUAAUUACAUUACUUGUGACUUGCUUCCCACGCAUUCUCCUUAUAUCUUUCCUUCCCUCCGACUUUCAGAACUGUGAAAGGCAUUUUCAAGUCCUGGUAAGGUAAAAUGCCAGGCAUGGAGGUUGAGGCAGAGCAGGAGCGUAAAGGCAUUUACAGUCUUAUGCGCCGCGUGAGCUCGCUUGAAAAUCUGCUGAAGAAAUUACGGUGGGAGAAAGGUGCCGAGCCCGCACAGGCUAGGUUUUGUGAGAGUGAGCGCAGGGCUUUGGCAUAUGGAGAAGUCUGCGUUUUUCAGAUGCCUUUGAAUUAUCCGAGGUAUUCCAAGGCUGACUAUGAAUCCAUGCCGGAAUGGAGGCUGGAUCUUCUGUUUCAGGAGUAUGGUUUGGCACUUACAGGUGAUCUUGCCUACAAGCGAAAUUUUGCCAUGGGAGCUUUCCUCUGGCCUCAAUAUUGAUAUUGUGGUUAAAUUUCUGGUAUGAGUUAGGGUUUGUGUCUUCAUUUUGAAGGCAUUAUAGUUUGUUUCAGUGUUUAGGUUAAAUUCUACUGUGAAGUCUGACAAUUUUUGGUAAAACUAUGUGCAGCAUUACAGGAAGUAGGUUCUUACCAGUAUAGUCUCCCAUAUACAUAGGUUCUUAAAUUAUCUUUAGAUUUUAGAAUAUUUCUCUUCUCGCAAUGUCCCGGCAAAUAUAUGUACAGUGUUCCAUCUUCAUGUUUUUCUUUUUCUUUUAUUACUUAUGUUAUACAUAUUUUUUAAGUAAAAAAUAAAGGCUUGUACUUUUCUCA